AUGCCCCCUUCAUUGCAAGCCUCGUCUACGGGGGCGGGUGAGGCAAUUAAUGUCAAUUUUACACCUUUUUUUGCUGUCGGUGCUUUGGCGGUAGUGAUUUGGGACAUGUUGAGCGAGAUUAGGGGAGAUAAUUAUCUCUUUAGCUCCAAGCUACUGCAGAGAGUGGGAAUGAAGAGAUUCGCCUACUUUCUGGCUAGAUUGUCCGUCCUGUCCUACCUUAUGACCGAUGCUAUCUUUCAGAUAAUCCCACAGCCUGCAACAGCUUGUGGCCAGAUACAAACUGUACAAGCAAUCUUGUUUGUCGUAGCUACAGCCUUCACGCACCUUCUCGUCUUUCUCCGCAUUCUCUGCGCAUUCCAGUACGACAGAUAUACCGGUUGGUUAUUCGGGCUGUUGUGGGCGCUAGUGGUUGCCGGAUCGACGACCAUAAUUUAUGGGACCUCGCUCGUAGCCCCCGGAUCACCAGUAACAGCAUGCAAUCUACUUAUCAAUCAGAGGAUUGAGCCAUAUGUAGCAGCAGCGAUGCUGGGUCCGAUGCUGUACUUAUGCCUGGCGUACAUGUUUAUCUCGGGGAGACUCGUCGUGGACGUGAGGAUGGACCUAAGUAUGGAGCAUGGUAUGAAGGAGCUUCUGAUGGGGAUGUUCGUGCCAAUAUUUGGGAAAGGACUGCUGGGUGAAGGACAGGCUUUCUAUUUAAUCUCAGUCAUCGUUCAACUCGUAGCCUUCAUCUUUUUUCUCUCAGGUGGGACGCCGGGCGCAAGAUUUAUUAUGUUCGACUCGAGCGUUGCUAUCACCAGCAUUAUGGCGUGUAAGGUGUAUCGCGGAACCCUGUACAAGGAGAUCAAAGAAGUUCUUGAUCGGAAGAAAUUGCAUCAAUUAGCACUUUCUAUGAACAUGGCAUCACAGAGUACGUCGACAUGCAACAUUGGGGAGAUCAGGGUCACGAAGACUGUAGAACAAUUUUGA